AUGACCACUAAACACUUCGAGUUCAAGAAUGAGGUGCCCACCUCGACGGAGAAGUCGUUGGAAGUUGAUGCCAAAUCUGCACCUCCCUCUCUCUUUUCCGACGCCUCGUACGCAACCACCCUUCUCGACCCCGAUCACUUCCACGCUGGUACAAUUCUGCACAUUUCGGCUCGUGGGAUUGGUGUAUUUCGAUGUCUAAGUCUCUCGUCGGAGAUGAACAUUGACAUCUUCCAUGACGACGGGAGUGUUGCAUAUACCUCGACGAGAUUAAAGAGAUGUUCUGGGGAUGCGGUGCUCAGCCACCCGAAGCUCGGCGACUUGAUAAGCACGACAUACUUCUUUGGUCCCAAACGAGACCCUGAAUUGAGGUUCAUUCAAGGUCAGGCUGGGAUAUGUGGCGAUUCGGACAAGAUCAAAGUCUGCGGGAAGCUGAGUUCUCGAUCUGCAUCCUUCACCACUCCAGACGGGCGUUCGUUUGAAUGGAGCUAUUCCCACACGAAAGAUGGGCUAGGCAAGAAAGUCAAUAUCAUUGCAUUACGCCAAAAGGAGUCGGGAACCAUUCUGGCGCAGCUGAUCAGAUCGGAUGGAACACGGACAGAGGGUACUUCCAAAUGCUCUGCUGGGAACGGCGGGCAACUUAUACUUGAUCAAGAAGCGACAAGCCAUCUUGACGAGGCAAUGAUUGUGGCAACUUGCUUGGUGAUGUUGAAGAAGGAAAUUGAUCGGAGACGAUGUAUGCAGGCGAUGGUUGUCGCUGGGGUUGUUUAA